ACAGGGGCGGAGUUGGGCCGGGACGGAGGCCCGCAGAGGAGCAGCGAGGGGGCGUAGCCGGAGCUACGGCACCAAGGCUCCGCCCCCGCCCUGCCUGCCCCGUAGCUGGAGGAACGCAAGCAGGAGGCGGGGGAGUCGGAGGAGGUGGCGGCGCUGGAGCUCCUCCCGGGGACCAGCGACCCGGGGAGCGAGCACGUCGCUCCGCACCGCUCUUCCUCCAACCGCAGAGCCGUCCCCUCUCGCCAUGUCCCAGAGCAGGCACCGCGCCGAGGCCCCGCCGCUGGAGCGCGAGGACAGUGGGACCUUCAGUUUGGGGAAGAUGAUAACAGCUAAGCCAGGGAAAACACCGAUUCAGGUAUUACACGAAUACGGCAUGAAGACCAAGAACAUCCCAGUUUAUGAAUGUGAAAGAUCUGAUGUGCAAAUACACGUGCCCACUUUCACCUUCAGAGUAACCGUUGGAGACAUAACCUGCACAGGUGAAGGUACAAGUAAGAAGCUGGCGAAACAUAGAGCUGCAGAGGCUGCCAUAAACAUUUUGAAAGCCAAUGCAAGUAUUUGCUUUGCAGUUCCUGACCCCUUAAUGCCUGACCCUUCCAAGCAACCAAAGAACCAGCUUAAUCCUAUUGGUUCAUUACAGGAAUUGGCUAUUCAUCAUGGCUGGAGACUUCCUGAAUAUACCCUUUCCCAGGAGGGAGGACCUGCUCAUAAGAGAGAAUAUACUACAAUUUGCAGGCUAGAGUCAUUUAUGGAAACUGGAAAGGGGGCAUCAAAAAAGCAAGCCAAAAGGAAUGCUGCUGAGAAAUUUCUUGCCAAAUUUAGUAAUAUUUCUCCAGAGAACCACAUUUCUUUAACAAAUGUAGUAGGACAUACUUUAGGAUGUACUUGGCAUUCCUUGAGGAAUUCUCCUGGUGAAAAGAUCAACUUACUGAAAAGAAGCCUCCUUAGUAUUCCAAAUACAGAUUACAUCCAGCUGCUUAGUGAAAUUGCCAAGGAACAAGGUUUUAAUAUAACAUAUUUGGAUAUAGAUGAACUGAGCGCCAAUGGACAAUAUCAAUGUCUUGCUGAACUGUCCACCAGCCCCAUCACAGUCUGUCAUGGCUCCGGUAUCUCCUGUGGCAAUGCACAAAGUGAUGCAGCUCACAAUGCUUUGCAGUAUUUAAAGAUAAUAGCAGAAAGAAAGUAAAUUUGGAGCAACUUAAAAAAUCUUUCAGUAGCACAUAAAAAGUUCCCCUCUGGCCCCUUCCCAAGUAAAACUUUUACCGUAGUGUUUAUGUCCUGUUUCUAAAUCUCUUCAUAGAUUCCAUCAACACUCCAGAUUUAAUUAUCUCCUCAUAGUUGUUAUUAAGCUCUUUUUAAUGGCUUCAACUUUGUAUCAGUAUAUUGUAUUUAUAAACUUUGUACCACGAGAGAGUGUAGCACCCAUUUUACAGUGCCAUGCACAUCAGAGAAAGAAACUGCAUGUUUGUUGUUGAUGAUGAAAUAAAAAUGCUAGCAACAGUCUUUCUUACUGGUGCUUAAGCUCUUCUUUGCACAAAGCUUUAUAAAGGGAAUUCAAAGGAAGCCCUUUAGAAUUAGAGUCUUGAGGGACAGCACUAACAGGCCUUUAUUAAGUAUGAUUGUUAAAUUUCAGGGAACAUGAUUGGUCUGCUGUGUAUUUGAAUUCAUGUAACAAAGAACUGUUACGAUGGGAUUCUGCUCAUUUUAUUAAAAAGCUACUGACUUGA